AUGAGCGGAGGCCACCUGAGCAAGGAGUUUUUCGAGCUGGUGAAGAGCAUCGGCGAGUCAAGAUCGAAACAGGAGGAGGAUAAGAUUAUUGUUGGCGAGAUUGCUAUCCUGAAGCAGCAUCUCAGCGCUCCCAACAUAUCAGCGAAGAAGAUGAAGGAGUACAUGAUCCGAGCAGUGUAUGCAGAGAUGCUGGGUCAUGAUGCGUCCUUCGCUUACAUACAUGCUGUGAAGCUGACACACGAGAAGAACCUGUUCGCCAAGAGGAUUGGGUACUUGACCUGCAACCUCUUUCUACACCGAGACCAUGAGCUCAUGCUUCUGUUGAUAAACACCAUGCAGAGAGACUUGGGCAGCGCAAACCACAUCGAAGUUUGUUCUGCGCUUACCUCUGUCUGCCGAUUAGUCAACUUGGAGAUGAUCCCAGCCAUAUCUCCGCUGGUCUUCAAGUUGCUCUCCCAUCCCCAGGAGGCUGUGCGGAAAAAGGCCGUAGUCGCAGUGCACAAGUUCUUCAAGAUCGUGCCUGAAGCUGUCCUGGACCAAAAGGAUCAAAUACGGAAAGUCCUGUGUGAUCCGGAUCCUUCUGUCAUGGGGGCGUCGCUUCAUGUCCUCUGCGAGGUUGCAAAAGCUCAUCCAGCUUCGUGUAAAGAUCUUGUGCCUUCAUUCGUGAGCAUUCUGAAGCAAAUCACGGAACAUCGGCUUCCUCGGGACUUUGACUAUCACCGUAUGCCUGCACCAUGGCUCCAGGUGAAGCUACUUUCCAUCUUGAGCAUCCUGGGAACGGCUGACAAAGCAACCUCCGAACACAUGUACGAAAUUCUGCAGGAAUGCAUGCGUCGUGCAGACAGCGGAGUGAAUGUUGGUUAUGCCAUCAUCUACGAAUGCGUGAAGUGCAUCACCAAGAUCUUUCCCGACCAUGGCUUGUUGGAGCUCGCUGCUUCCAACAUUUCGAGGUUCAUCUCCAGUGAGAACCACAACCUGCGGUACCUUGGUGUGACCGGCCUCGCUCAAAUUGUUCAAGUCAACCCGCAGUAUGCUGCUGAGCACCAGAUGGUUGUCGUGGACUGCUUAGAGGAUCCAGAUGAAACGUUGAAGAGGAAGACGUUGGACUUGCUCUUCAGAAUGACGAAUCCGCAGAAUGUUGUCGUUGUAGUGGACAAGCUCAAUUUUCAUCUCCGCACCAGCGUGGAUGCUCAUCUCCGCCGUGACCUGGUGCAGAAGAUCACUUCUUUGGCGGAACGCUUUGCUCCAGACAACGAAUGGUACGUGAAUACCAUGAACACUGUCUUUGAGCUCAGCGGCGAGCUGGUGCCUGCCGAGACGGCAUACAAUCUGAUGCGAUUGGUGGCUGAAGGUGCUGGGGAGGACGAGUCCGCUGACCAAGCCUUCCGCGUCUUCGCUGUCAAUACGUACCUGAAGCUGCUGGAAAAGUCCUCCUUGUCGGACAUCCUGGUGCAGGUGAUUGCUUGGGUUCUCGGCGAGUAUGCCAGACUUGCGAAUGUGGAUGGUUACACCAUUGAAGACAUUGCGGACUUGCUGUCCGAAUGUAUCGAGCGCCCGUUCGAAGAUCCAGCCACCAGAGGAUUUCUUGUCACAGCGCUCAUGAAAUUGAUUGGCCAGCAUGGAGUCAAGAGCACCACGGCUGAGGACAUCAUCCGAAGUUACCGUUCCUCGCGCAUGACGGACCUGCAGCAGCGCUGCUAUGAGUUUGAGCAGCUGCGUCAGUCGCCAGCUGUUAUGCGCAAGGUGCUUCCGUAUGAUGCCUCCUGUGAAGACAUUCUCGUGAACAAGGACUUGAGCUUUCUGGACUCGUUCGUCAGAAGAAAGCUGGAUGAAGGCGCGAAGCCAUACCAGACAGCAGUCGAGCGUGCUCGAGUUCAGGAGGGCAGCGUUGCACCGAAGGUUGAAGCUGAAAUAAAGCCAUCGCUGAACUUCAUGCCAUACGAGGCCCCUACUAAGCCGCAACCGGUGGCUGCUCCUGUUCAAGAUGUUGGUGAUGCAGGUAUUGCGGAGGCUCCUGUUCCCAAGGGGCUGAAUGUCUCUGGACCCAGAAAGUGGGGCCCAAGUGGCUACAAUCAGCCUGGUGCUAGACCAGAUCCUCCGCAGGCUUUGCAUGAGAAGCCCUUGGCACCUGAGCCGAACGUACAGGCCCAGGCGCAGCCAGCGCCGCCAAAGGUUGCUCCAAAGGCAGCUGAACCAGUGGUGAGCGAGAAGCAGAAGAUGGCUGCUGCCUUGUUCAGCGGCCUGGGAGGUGCAGCUGCACCAGCAACUGCGCCAGUUGCGCCGGCUGCACCAAAGCCACCUCCAGCCCGUGCUCGUGAGCCGGCAGUGGAGAAGGUAAUGGAUAGUUCACAGACUGCCGUCGCAGCUGCAGCUGCUGUGGACCUACUGGAUUUGGACGAUGCAGCUCCAGCGCCAGCUCCGUCCUUGCAACAGCCAAAAGCUGAUGGGGACAUGCUCCUGCUGGACAUGGACGAUUCAAGUCCAGGUCCGGCAGCGCCGCCACAGAUGCCACAGCAGCAGCAGCCUCCUCUGUUGGGGCCAUUGCAGGUGACCACAGCCCAAGUAGCAGCUACCUGGCCACAGCUGGCCUCUGAGCGGAUUGUGCAAAUGCACACUUCCUUAGGAAGCUGCCAGGAGAUGAUGCUCAAACUGCAAAGUGCAGUAAACGUCAGUCCUGUGGAGAUUGUGGGCAUGGAAGGCAUCGCAGCUGGUCGAGUUCUCCCUGGCAACGAUCCUUGCUUCUUGCAUGGAAAGCUGGCUCCUCCGCGGCUCGACAUCAAGGUUAGAUGUCGUGACCCAGGAGUGGCGCAAAGCAUCGCGGAGCUUUGCCAAAGGUCCCUCGCUUGA